AUGUCUGCUAAGAAUAUUUUUGUAGGCUUGACUUGGUCGAUGGAAGCAGUUUCAUGGAUUUUCGACACCAACUCAACAAGCUUCUUCAUCAUUUCUGACGUAGCAAAUUCCAUUCAUGGUUUUGUAAUCUUUGGAUUAUUUGUUUGUCGAUCACAUGUCAUGGACUCAGUCAUCACACGAAGUCGAUCUUCAAAUCGAUUUACAUCAUCUCUAAUUGGAAGAAUCCAAGAUAGUCAAAGAAAUUCAGAUUCAAAUGAUGAUCUCAUGUUGAAGUUUUUAAAAGAUAAACGCGCUGGUAAUGGAUGA